GUAAGCUUUCGUGUGUCGCCGCCCCUGUUGUGUGGAGGAUUUUUUUUUACGUUUUGGGAGCUGCAAAAAAUAAAACUUGGGCCAUUAUUACAGAGCGAGAUAGCACUAGAGCAGUCGAAUUUCGUAAUCGUAAUAUAUAUUACCGACGUUCUCUGUUGAAACUCUCCUUCCUGUCGUCGUUGGUCUUUAAGUGUGUGUCAUCAAGAGUUUUUCGACUUUUUUGUUUCCAACAGCAACUGAACAGCAUCGGCGUUUAAUUCGUUUUCUCGUGUCCUCACCUUUGAAAGAAAACCAUGGCAAGCCGUGCAUCUCAAGCUGGAACAGCAGCAGCCUCAGCUGGAGGAGCCGCUCAGAGACCAAACGGUGCCACACAAGGCAAAAUCUGUCAGUUUAAACUGGUGCUUCUUGGUGAAUCUGCAGUGGGGAAAUCCAGUCUUGUACUACGUUUUGUUAAAGGGCAAUUUCAUGAAUACCAGGAAAGCACCAUCGGAGCUGCUUUCUUGACACAAACAGUCUGCUUGGAUGACACAACUGUCAAAUUUGAGAUCUGGGACACUGCUGGGCAGGAACGAUACCACAGUCUUGCUCCCAUGUACUACAGAGGGGCCCAAGCUGCAAUCGUUGUUUACGACAUCACCAAUCAAGACACUUUUGGCCGGGCCAAGGUCUGGGUGAAAGAGUUGCAGCGUCAAGCCUCCCCCAAUAUUGUGAUUGCCUUGGCGGGCAACAAAGCUGACCUGGCGGCCAAACGUGCUGUCGAAUUCGACGAGGCUAAAGGUUACGCUGAAGAGAAUGGGCUUCUCUUUAUGGAAACGUCGGCCAAGACGGCCAUGAACGUCAACGACAUCUUCUUGGCUAUCGCCAAGAAACUACCUAAGAAUGAUGGAGCUGGAGGAGUUGGUGGGAGCAGUGGUCAGGGAAGGAGGCUAGACCGAGCUGAAGAUGGCAACAAACCAGCAUCCUCGUGCUGCAAGUGAUCGCGAAAACUAA